CCUUAGCGACCCACCGCCCUCCUCUCCGCUCCCCUCGGUAAAGCCGAAAUCCCUCCCCCACAUCGCACGGCGUACCCGAUCUCCAAAUCGCCCCCCUUCCCAAACCCUCUUCUUCCCCCUUCCCGUGCUCGACCCAGAUCGAGGGCUCGAUCCGUCGGCCAUGGCGCUGGAGUGGGUGGUGCUGGGCUACGCGGCGGGCGCGGAGGCGAUCAUGCUGCUGCUGCUGACGCUGCCGGGGCUGGACGGCCUGCGCCGGGGCAUGAUCUCCGUGGUGCGGAGCGCGCUGAAGCCCAUGAUGUCGGUGGUGCCCUUCUGCCUCUUCCUGCUCAUGGACAUCUACUGGAAGUACGAGACGCGCCCCACCUGCGACGACGAGCACGCCUGCACCCCCUCCGAGCACCUCCGCCACCAGAAGUCCAUCAUGAAGUCGCAGCGGAACGCGCUCCUCAUCGCCGCCGCGCUGCUCCUCUACUGGAUCCUCUUCUCCGUCACCCAGCUCGUCGUCAGGCUCGAGCAGAUGCAGCAGCGCGUCGACAAGCUCAGGAAGCGCGACGACUGAUGGAUCCGCAUCCAUCCGGUGGGCUCGUUCUUCCUCUGCCUGCCUUGUGUUCCUGCUUUAUGUUGUGGUGCUGAUGUUUUAGAUCUCGGAUCGUAAUUUGAGACCUGCUGGUAGCAUCUGCUUCCUUUGCCUUGCCGUCUUCAGAUAAAAAAGAACAGCGCUCUUGGAAACGAUGAUAAUGUUUAGGAUGUUUGGACGAAUGGUAUCUGUCGUAAUUGAUGUCUUCAUCCAUGAAUUGGUUGGUGUCACUGAAUGUACACUGAGAUAUUGGUUAAUAGCUACUAGUGCUGUUUUUAUCAUGUGAUUAUGCCCAUGCUGUAAUGAGUUAGUUCUUGUUUGUAAUAAGAUGACAUUAGAGGUCG